UUAACCACAGCUGUUUUCCCACUGUACAAACUUUAUACUUGAAUUGGAUGAACGGGAAGAUGAUUGAGGCUCCGAAGAGAAAGCUGCUCAUUGUUCUUGCUGUCCUCUUGCUACCCAGCUCAGCACUAACAGGAAAUACAGAAAGACUCUCAGGGCAUCACUGCACUGACUUCCAGACAGCAAGUUUCCUACGGGGCAGCAAACUUAAGGUCCAGUUCCUUCUGUUCACCUCCUCAAGCCCCAACUGUGGAGAGCUGAUUUCAUCUGAUGAUGGCAUCAAGAAUUGCCACUUCAACAGCAGCCUGGAAACCAAAAUCAUAAUCCAUGGCUUCAGGGCUUUGGGUACCAAACCUUCCUGGAUUGAAGGGCUUGUCCAAGCCAUACUGCACACCAGCCAGGUGAAUGUGAUUGCAGUGGACUGGGUUUAUGGGUCUACAGGAGCCUAUCCCUCUGCGGUGGAAAAUGUCACACAGCUGGCCCUGGCCAUCUCACAAUUCAUCAGCAAGCUCCUGGCCCUGGGAGUCUCAGGGACAUCAAUCCACAUCAUCGGGGUGAGCCUCGGAGCGCACGUCGCGGGCCUKGUGGGGCACUUCCAUGGUGGUCACCUGGGACGGAUAACAGCCCUGGAUCCUGCAGGUCCUAAGUACACCAGAGCCAGCCUUGAGGAACGCCUGGAUCCYGGGGAUGCCCUCUUUGUGGAAGCCAUUCAUACUGAUGCUGACAAUUUUGGGAUCCGGAUUCCUGUAGGCCACAUCGAUUAUUUUGUCAAUGGAGGCAAAGAUCAGCCAGGAUGCCCCCGAUUCAUCUCUGGAGGCUAUAACUUCCUGAUCUGCGAUCACAUGCGGGCGGUGCAUCUUUACAUCAGYGCCUUGAACCAUCCCUGUCCCAUCGUGGGCUUCCCCUGUGCAAGUCAUCAAGAUUUUUUAGAUGGUCACUGCCUGGACUGUGCAGARCCCUUCCUGUCCUCCUGUCCCAGAAUAGGCCUGCUGGAGCAGGCAGGUGUCAACAUGAGCAGGCUGCCCCAGGAAGUGAAAGUAUUUUUAAUGACCAGUCCUUCAGCCCCAUUCUGUGUCCACCACAGCCUGGUUGAGUUCCACUUGCAGAAGAAAAGGAACAGAGUGACCAGCAUUGAGAUCAGUUUCAGCAGCAACAGCACCAAGGACACAGCAAAGAUCACCAUACCUAAGGACCAGGAGACAGGCAAACAUCUGCUGGCCCACCAAGUGCCCCUGUGCCAGAUAAACAGUGUGACCCUGAAGUAUAUCCCCAAGAAUCGUUUUUGGGGAAAGGAUGAGCCAUCCAUUGUUGGCAAGUUCUGUGUAGCACCGCUGCCUCUCAACAGCAGCAGGACCAUGUUGUGUCUGCCCUGGAGCCUCACCCUCCCCAGCAAAACAGACAUUUCUUACAGCCUGCGUUCUGCUUGUGCCUAGCUCUGCCUUCAGGAUGCACAAAGCCAGAAAGAAGUCCUAAAAAUGUUGCUGCUCUCUGGUCACAGAUGAUACUUYCACCAUAAAACUGGAUGGGUUUUUUUACUCCCUGCACUGGGGGCAGGAUGUCGAGGAAAAGAAUUGCAUGGCAGACUGGCAAAUGCAAGGUUAACUGGUUGCAGCAAAACCUCCCAGUUAAAAGACUGGAUUGGAACUUUUGUCUCACAGGUUCUGUACCCAGCUUUCAAAAUGAGACAGGCAAGUCAUUUAAUCUCAAGGUUUGGAUCUGUUUGAAAGAAGGCGUAGAUAAUACCACUCUUUUUAUGGUGUGAGUAUUGGUAUAAUUCAUUACUGKUUUAAACUGUCCUGAAAUCUUCAUAUUAAAGGUGAGAGGUAUUUCCUCAGCAAGGGGAAAUGGUGUGGUCCAAGUUUGGCAUGGGAAGGAGCCAUUCUUAGCCAGAGCUCCAAUGGGAAACUCACUAGUCCCAUCUACAAGACAUUUUCAGAGGGAGACCCUAUUGAUUUCACAUAAUUCUCUCUCAAGAAGCUCCUAUGAAGUGAAGCAGACACCAGGAGCAGCACAGUGCUCUCACAUCCAAUUUUGCACUGCUUUGACCCUCUGCCCAGAAUAGAAGGUUGUAGGAGACUGCAGCAUUGAAAUGAUGGGCCAACUAACACCAAAUAGUCCCAGGACCUCAGCAUAGGCUUUCAGAGCUGAAAAAGUAGCUGAAGGCUGGAAAUAAUUGGUGAAAGAUUACAGUGAGAUGCCUGAUCACAGAAACAACCCAGCAACACCUUUCCCACACUGUGAUAUGUAUGCAAAUUAAAGAGGAGACAAGUCUUUCAUAAUUUCUGCCCACAAAUCACAUUUACUAUURACCAUUUUCUCUGGUUCCCUGUACUGGCUUCACUGAGUGAUAGAAAAGUGCAUCAGGAACUCCAUGAUCAGGAGAGAGGGACAUGCUAAAAGCAUUUAUGCAAUGAAGAAGUCUCAAGUCAUUUGCCAUGAGCUGUCACUCCUGCUCCACUAGACAGUGUCACGGCGUGAUUAACUUUCAGUUCCCAGCCAAGAUUUUGGGCCUGCCACAUGACUCUAUGAAAAGCUAAGAACAUCAUCUUCAACACACACUCAGGAGAGGGACAGAGCUGGGCUCUGACAACUUUGUAGAGAUCCAUAUUAGUUGGCACCAUGAUUGAAGGGUUUCCA